UGAACGCACUCAAAAGGGGCGUAAAAUAUUUCCGCCAUUUUGUCCCCUGGAAUUUAGAUUUUAUUAGUUUACGUCCAUAAAAAUCUAAGAGAUCACUGUGCAAAAGUGGUAUUUUGGAAGCUGUGCAGUGUUUAGUGAACCUGUGAUAUUUGUGACUCACAAGAUUUUGUUUACGUUCACCUUGACUUUUUAUCUAACCGAUUUUGACGUCGAAGGAGAGAGCUCUAGAUAAUCAAAAUGGGCACAAGAGAGGACGAAUACGAUUAUUUGUUCAAAGUCGUCCUAAUAGGAGAUUCAGGUGUGGGGAAAAGCAGUCUUCUCUCACGUUUCACUAGAAAUGAAUUCAACCUAGAGUCAAAAUCCACAAUAGGAGUGGAAUUUGCAACUAGAAGUAUAGAGGUGGACGGCAAAACCAUAAAAGCUCAGAUAUGGGAUACAGCGGGCCAGGAGCGGUACCGCGCGAUCACGUCUGCGUACUACCGCGGCGCGGUUGGGGCCUUGCUCGUCUACGACAUUGCCAAGCAUCUGUCUUACGAGAACGUAGAGCGGUGGCUGCGUGAGUUACGCGACCACGCCGAUCAGAACAUUCUGAUUAUGUUGGUUGGCAACAAGAGCGAUCUUAGGCAUCUCAGAUCGAUCCCAACGGAAGAGGCGAAGGCGUUUGCGGAAAGAAAUGGACUAAGCUUUAUUGAAACGUCGGCUCUCGAUUCCACCAAUGUAGAGCCCGCAUUCCAGAACAUUCUGACUGAAAUCUACAGGAUCGUGUCGCAGAAGCAGAUGCGCGACCCGCCCGAAGGCGAUGUGAUCCGACCCGACGCAGAGCCCGCCGACGUGCGACCCAGCCAGGCCGACUCCGUACGCAAGCAGUGCUGCCAGUGAGAUAGUCCAUAUAAGGAGCCGAAGAGAGCAUCGAGCGUCUGGCAUACAAAACACAAUCAUUACGAAUCAUUCCCGGACAGCGGUCUCAGCAACAUAAUAAAAAGGAUUGCCAGCACGGAAAUAUCUCAAACAUCUGCAAUACCUUUUUGUUCUAUAAUAAAAUAUUUUACAUUUGAAAACAGGCAAGACCAAGUCGUUCGUGCAAUAAAAAUGUCCUUCGAGAUAUUUUCGACUGGCAACACAAAACUCAAAAGCAGAUAACGAGUGGCUCAUGUAGAUAGCUUUGUGUAAUUAUUGAUAUUUAGUGUCCAAACGAAUAAAGUUAAAAUCUAUAAUAAAAUGUAACUUGAAGAUACAAGAGACUAUGCGUCUGCGUUGUUGUACGAGAGUGAUUGCAAAACUACUUGCGGCUCGGAAACAAAUAUAGCAAUACUUUUUGUUAAGCACUAUCGACGCCAUGACUGCAAAGUUAAGUUAGCUGUGCAAAGUUAGUUUUCCAGCUGGCUCAACCUUACUUAAUAUUGCGUAUUCUGUUUAUGAACAGCAAAUUAAGGUUUGUAAUCAUUAUACAAAAGUAAAACCAACACAAGAUAAAUCCAUGCUUCGGUUUUAGAACGCACCAAGAAAUAUUUUGGCGCUAGUUGAAAAUAUACAAAAAUACACAAUGGUGUAUAUGAUUCCUGAAUUUUGUUUUUUAUAUAGGGGA